UUGGUUUACUCGAGCAGAAAAAACUGAGGUUACUCGCUUGUAUUCUGCGGAUGCUUUCAUGCACAACCCCUGCGCAAGCUCUGUCCAUAAAGAGUGCGCUCGACCAGAUGGAUACGCUUCAACGCCUGCU